GUCUUGGAGACAGAGGCCGGGAUCGCGAAGGCAGGAGGAGUUCUCCCUUCUGUUUACCGACGUUUUCACUUCUCUUCACCAACCCCUGUUCCUUUAUCUCCUCUUGGAAACUCUUCGUUUUGACUGACAGGUUUUUGGAAAUUAGAAACGUAUCAUGGAGGAUAACAAGGCUAACUCAGGAAGAAUGGAAGGAGACACACCAGAAAGCGCAAACCUUCCACCAAAACUUUGGCUUUCUGAAGUGAUGAUGUCAGUGGUUGGCGAACCACCUACUGCUAAAGAGAGAGAAGAAGAAAUCAGGAAAGAACGAGAUGCAGAAAUCCCAGAGCAACUUUCUCUUCUGGAUGUGCUGAGGAUCUUAGCAGUUCUGGAAGAUACCACAGACCAGCUGUCUAUUCUAAACUACAUCAUGCCAGUUCAGUUUGAAAGAAGACAGAGCAUCAUUACGAAAGACACUGGUAGCCUGGAAAAGUCAAUGAUCUCAACAGCUAUGAAAAUGUCCAAUCCAUCUACAAUUAAAGGAAAGCAGCUGGAAGCCCGAAAAGGAGGCCAAUUUGGUGUGGAAUAUAAUGCCACGCAGGAUUCCAUCUUUAAAAAACCUACGUGGCAAACCAUAAUGACAAUGGAGACAUUGAAGAAAAUUCAGAAUGAUAGACGAUUUUUCAAUAAUAUCAUUACAAAUACCAUGCGGGACUUGAGAGAGUCGGGCACGUUCACCAGUCUCCUGCAAGCUUUGAGCAGAGAGAGGGAAAACAAAAAGCACUUCUACGAUGUCAUUGCCAGGGAGGAAAAAGGAAGAAAACAGAUAAAAUCUCUUCAAAAGCAACUCAUUAAUGUCAAAAAAGAACGGCAGGCUGAAGCACAGAUUCAGAAUGAGUAUAUUGCUCACCUCAAGGACCAACUGCAAGAGCUGAAAGCCAAAACCAACCUGGAGAAUGGCUACAUGAAAAAAAUCACCGAUCUACAGAUUGCUCAGACCCAGAAGAAGGGCAGCAAGUCGGAGGAGCUGCUGCUGGAGGAGAUUGAGAAGCUACGGAUGAAAACCGAGGAGGAGAACCGGACUCACAUGGAGAUUGAGAUGUUCCUUAAAAAGGAACAUCAGAAACUGGAGGAGAAGCUAGAGUUCUGGAUGGAGAAAUUUGACAAAGACACGGAAAUGAAGCAGAAUGAACUAAACGCCCUCAAAGCUGCAAAGGCCAGCGACUUGGCGCACCUUCAAGAACUUGCAAAGCUGAUAAGAGAGUAUGAACAGGUCAUCAUUGAAGAUCGGAUAGAAAAGGAGAAAACUCGGAAGAAGAUACAACAGGAUGACCUGGAACUGAAGAGCAUCAUCAAGCUUCAGGCCUGGUGGCGAGGCACUUUGGUCCGGAAGCAAAUUGGUAGCUUCAAGAUGCUCAAGGAGAAAGAUGACAGCAAAGACUCAAAAGGCAAAGGCAAAGGCAAAGGCAAGGACAAGAAGAGAGGCAAGAAGUAACUGAGUCCUUCUCGUCCUUUCUCCCAG